UUGCUUCGCCUACAGUUGCUAUCGACGGGUGCCCGAGUGAACCACGUAGGCAAAGGAUUGAAAGGAUAAACAAGAUCACAUACAGGGAAUAGAUUCAUCCUCAUUUUGGACCAACAUUAUGCAAGUUCAUCGCUGCUGCUGUGGCGUCUUGGCAGUUCUGGUGCUGCUCUGGAGCGGUAGCUUAGCCCAACUGCAGGUCCAGGCUCAAAAUGGCUACAACUAUGGCCGACCGGAGCUGGCCAGUGCCGGAGGUGUUACAGCCGGUGGACGGCUCAGCCCGGGUGCCUAUCCCACAGGCACAGCCUUGCCGCUGACCCCCGCCCCCGCAACGACAGCCUAUGGAGCGGGUUUGUUUCCUUCUCCGGCUGUGGGCUUCACGCCCAGCGGACAGGCAACGACUGCUUUUGGCGCACCUGCUGUUGUGGCCGGAACCGGAAGUAUCCCGAGGAGACCCGCGCCAGGUGGCAUUGCAACGGCGCCCUCUCGCAGCGGACCCUACGGACCGCAGACCUCGCAGUACGGCAAUGCUCAAGUGUCCGCUGGCCGCGUGUCAAGUGGAACCGGCGGCGAUGGCGACUACAGCGAUGGAGAGGGCGACUAUUCGGCCAUUCCGGGCACGCCUGGAGUCGAUUAUCCCGUCUACGCGCAGGUGCCACGCACAAACUUCGACUGCACCCAGCAGCCGCUGCCCGGAUACUAUGCGGAUAUCGAGGCCCAGUGCCAGGUCUUCCACAUAUGCGCCCUCAAUCGGACCUACUCCUUCCUCUGCCCCAAUGGCACGGUCUUCAGCCAGGAGACACUCGUCUGCGUGUGGUGGAACCAAUACGACUGCGUCUCGGCCCCCAGUUUGUAUGCCAACAAUGCCUACAUCUACGACUAUUCCGGAGGCAGUGGCGCCAGUGUCAAUGCGAAUGCCUACCGUCAGGGACAAGUGGCGGCAACGACGGCAUAUGGAGCACCUGUUUCGGCCACUGCAACUGGAGGCGGUGCCCUAAGAGCCACUGGAGUGCCACAGGUCGCUGGCUACAAUGCCGGUCGCGGCUCCUAUCCCUCGCCCACACCCACGCCCGCGGCACAAUCACAAUCUCCGUACGGCGCAAGUGCGCUAAUUCGUCCUGCCAUUCUCCCAGGCAAUGUCCAGGCUUCGGCUGUCACCAAUCGACUGGCAACCGCUGGCGCAGCUGCUGGUCUCCUGGCCACAGCCGCCGGUGUUCUGCCCGACAACGGAGUGGGCGGCUUUGGCCAGCAGCCGAUUGUGGCAGGUGGCAACCGAGAAUAUUUGCCGCCAGCUAACGCUGGACAGCGUCAACGAGGCGCCGUGUAGGAGACGAGACGAGACGAGACCCUCUGGCACUUGUACCCGGUUAUAUGGCAAUAGACACUGUGCAUACCCUAGGCUUAGGCGACAUUUGCAACAUCUUACUAGAUUGUUAGGAGCUCCGAAACACACACACAAACACGCAAUUUAGUAACAGAAUCGUUGUACUUUCCAUUCCAUUUUAAAUAUACCAUAAUGAACGUUUUUUUACUGUGAAA